GCCCAGUGCACGGAGCGAGCCCCUGUGUCUGUAGGAACCUGACAGAUAUGUGCAUCGAGAGAUGAUAUGGCAGAAAUGCGUGCAAAUGUUUCAACGAGGCAAUAGGCCAGGCAGGAAAUUGGAGUAAAGCUGAAACAUAAGGCUUUGCUACCCAGCAGCUUGCCAAGCUCGUGUGUGUGCGUGUGUGCUCGAAGUGCCUAUGGCGGAGUUUGGGGAGGACGGCAGCCUGCCUCCAUUGAAUCUUGGGGAUACUGCCGUGCCCAGCGACGAAGCAGCUGGCAAGACGCAUUGCGAAGUGUCGGUCUUGAAUGGAGACUGUGGGAUAUCGGAAAAUAUGGUCGGUUCGGGAUCCCUCGUCGCACCUGGCAGCCAAGCCGGGGUGGAAACCGCCAACACCUCUGUCGGAUUGGAUGGCAAAUCUGAAAUACCACGCAGGAGCAGCAUUAUCAAGGAUGGCUCAAGACAGCGUAAAGAAAGAAAGAAGACUGUAUCAUUCAGCAGCAUGCCCACUGAGAAGAAAAUUAGCAGUGCAAGCGACUGCAUCAGUGCAAUGGUGGAUGGCUCUGAGCUGAAGAAAGUGCGAUCCAAUUCCCGCGUCUACCACCGCUACUUUCUCCUUGAUGCCGACAUGCAGUCUUUGAGAUGGGAGCCCUCAAAGAAGGAAUCAGAAAAGGCUAAGAUUGAUGUAAAAUCUAUCAAGGAGGUGCGGACGGGGAAAAACACAGACACUUUUAGAACUAAUGGAACGUAUGAUCAGAUAUCAGAGGACUGUGCCUUCUCAAUCAUUUUUGGGGAGAACUAUGAGUCUCUGGAUUUGGUGGCAAACACUGCAGAUGUAGCCAACAUUUGGAUUACAGGGCUGAGGUACCUGAUCUCCUAUGGGAAACAUACUUUGAAUAUGAUAGAGAGCAGUCAGAACAACAUGCGCUCAUCUUGGCUAGGCGAACUUUUUGAUGAGGCAGAUGUUAACAACAGCAAACAAAUAACAAUAUGUGCUGCUGUGCAGCUAAUCAAGAAGUUGAACCCUGGACUUAAAAAUGUGAAAAUAGAAUUGAAGUUCAAGGAGCUUCACAAAGCGAAGGACAAAGCAGGUUCUGAUGUGACGAGAGAUGAGUUCAUUGAGGUCUUUCAUGAUCUUUGCACCAGACCAGAAAUUUAUUUUCUCUUUGUUCAGUUCUCCAGCAACAAAGAAUUUCUGGAUACCAAGGACUUAAUGAUAUUUUUGGAGGCAGAGCAGGGCAUGGCACAAGUCAGUGAAGACACCAGCUUAGAAGUCAUCCAGAAAUAUGAACCGUCUAAAGAGGGCCGGCUCAAGGGUUGGCUUUCCCUUGACGGGUUCACUAACUAUCUUAUGUCUCCAGAGUGCCAUAUAUUUGACCCUGAACAAAAAACAGUAUGUCAGGAUAUGAGCCAGCCCUUGUCCCACUAUUACAUCAACUCAUCCCACAACACAUAUCUGAUAGAAGAUCAGUUCAGAGGUCCGUCUGAUGUGACAGGGUAUAUCCGUGCCCUCAAGAUGGGCUGCCGCAGUGUAGAGCUAGAUGUAUGGGACGGGCCUGAUAAUGAACCUGUUAUUUACACUGGUCACACGAUGACAUCACAGAUAGUUUUCCGCAGCGUCAUCGACGUCAUCAACAAGUAUGCAUUUGUUGCAUCUGAAUUUCCACUGCUACUGUGUUUAGAAAACCAUUGCUCCUUAAAGCAGCAGAGAGUCAUGUUUCAGCACCUAAAGAAGAUCCUCGGAGACAAGAUCCACCUUGAUCCUCCAAAACCUGAGGACUGCUACCUCCCCUCCCCCUUAGAACUGAAGGGGAAGAUCCUGCUGAAGGGUAAGAAACUGAGCACAAACUGCACUGCUUCAGAAGGUGAGGUGACAGACGAGGACGAGGGGGCAGAGAUGUCUCAGAGGAUGAGCAUAGAGUCUGCUGAACAACAGACUAUCGCACCCAAGAAAUUCCAGCUCUCGAAGGACCUCUCGGAUCUGGUGACCUUGUGUAAGUCUGUGGAGUUCAAAGACUUCCCAACAUCUUUCCAGACCCAGAAACAAUGGGAGCUUUGCUCUUUCAAUGAGGUCUUUGCCAGUCGCUGUGCCAGUGACUUCCCAGGUGACUUUGUAAACUACAACAAGAAGUACCUUGCACGAGUUUACCCAAGCCCCAUGCGGAUCGACUCCAGCAACAUGAAUCCACAAGAUUUUUGGAAGUGUGGGUGCCAGAUUGUAGCAAUGAACUACCAGACUCCUGGUCUGAUGAUGGAUCUAAACAUAGGCUGGUUCCGUCAGAACGGGAACUGCGGCUAUGUGCUGCGUCCAGCGAUCAUGAGAGAGCAGGUUUCAUAUUUUAGUGCCAACACUAAAGAUUCAGUGCCUGGUGUUUCUCCGCAGCUCUUACACAUCAAGAUCAUCAGCGGACAAAACUUCCCUAAACCCAAAGGCUCAGGUGCCAAAGGAGACGUGGUAGACCCCUAUGUGUAUGUGGAAAUACACGGCAUUCCUGCUGACUGCGCUGAGCAAAGGACUAAAACAGUCAACCAGAACGGGGACAACCCUCUAUUUGACGAGAGCUUUGAGUUUCAGAUAAAUCUCCCCGAGCUUGCAAUGGUGCGCUUUGUGGUGCUAGACGACGACUAUAUUGGUGAUGAAUUUAUCGGCCAGUAUACGAUCCCCUUUGAGUGUCUCCAGCCAGGUUUUCGCCACGUGCCGCUACAGUCUCUGACAGGCGAGGUUCUGCCACAUACCUUGCUGUUUGUUCAUGUGGCCAUAACCAAUCGAAGAGGAGGUGGCAAACCUCACAAAAGGGGACUGUCUGUACGGAAGGGCAAGAAGAGUAGAGAGUAUGCCAGCAUGAGGGUGCUAUUGAUCAAGGCUGUGGAUGAUGUCUUCAAAACAGCCAUACUACCACUAAGGGAGGGAACAGACCUCAGAGAAAACAUGCAGAAUGCCAUUGUGUCCUUUAAAGAGCUGUGCGGCCUUUCAGCAGUAGCUAACCUGAAGCAGUGCAUCUUGGCCCUUUCCCCUCGACUGACCGGACCCGACAGCAACCCCCUGCUGGUGUUCAACCUCAGUGACCAGUACCCUAACUUGGAGCCCCAAGGCCUGCUUCCAGAGGUCCUCAAGAAAGUCAUCACCACCUACGAAAUGGUGAUCCAGACCAGCAAGACUCUGCUUGAGACCUGUGAUGGGGUGUACGAGAGAAUUCUACAAACCCAAAAAGCAGCGAUGGAGUUUCAUGAGAACCUCCAUGACUUGGCCGUGAAGGAGGGGCUGAAGGGCAGGAAGCUGCACAAGGCAGUGGAGAGCUUCACCUGGAACAUCACCAUACUGAAGGGUCAGGCAGACCUACUGAAACACGCCAGGAAUGAAGUCCAGGAGAACCUUAAGCAGAUCCACUAUGCUGCGCUCACCUGUAACCUGAGUAAAGGAGGAUCAGCAGGCAGCUCCACUGGCUCUGAGUCUAAGAGCCGACGCAGCCUCGAGGCUAUUCCUGAGAAGGCCGUCGCGGAGGAGGAGCUCACCGAUGAGGACAACUAAAGACCCACAGUCCCACUCUGGUGCUCUCCUGGCACCCACAUUCAGACCUCGACUCUGUUCCUGCCUCCUGAGCUCAAAACCCAAAGCUCCUGCUCUCCACUCUGUGGCAUCAUCGCUCUACACGAGACAGUGUUUUUCCACAUUCCAUCGUGUGCAUUCCUGUACCCCAAGCACAGCUGUAAGCUCUUACACUUCUGCCUUGUAAUCAUCAAUAAAGUGGCACCACUACUUAAAGACACAAAUCCUUCCCAAGUUGACAUCAAAGUUUAUACAAGUUUGGAAAAUUGCUGUCAUUAUUUCUAAGUCUCAAAAUGUUUAAAGCUGUACUGAAAGCUGGAAGAGUCUGAACCAUCAUAAACAUUUGCUACACAUCUGAUGCUGCCUAGCCCACACUGAGUGUGCACACACAUAAAUACCAGAUCUUACAACCCAGCGAGAGCCUGACUUGGGGAAAUAUUAAAAGGGAUCACAUGUAGAAAUGCUGGUGAUCAUCAGUGGCAGACAUAAAUCCUAACGCAUCAGUUCAUCACCCUCCCUUCCCCGUCUCAUUUCCUGGGUGAGCUGGGAGAGCCGAGUGAACUACCAGCCACGUUAACGUUUAAGACAUUGACCUGCUGUUCAGAGACGGUGCACUUCUACUCAGCAGACCGGGGCCCUUGGAUUGUUGAAAGAGAUUUCUUAAAGCACAAUUUUUUUGGAGUUAUGAAUGUAACAGGACAGAGGGAGCAGAAGAAGAAAACAAGGGGACACAAACGUCACGAAUGAGAGUAAAGAGCUGUUUACAAUGCUGAACUUGUCCAUGUUCUCGUCUGCCAAAAUAGUAUAAUAUACUAUGUGUAUAUAUGGAGUUUCCUGUUACCUUUUUUUCUGCAGAGUGCAACAUUUUAUUAUUGUAUACUUGGAAAUAUAAGAUUUAUUUUAUAAAAGAUAUAUGAACCUGUCUGUGGAAAAACAAGAGGUUUUAUUUGUCUGUAGAUAACGAGAGUCGUCACGAGGAGAAGUGACCUCGGAGUUUUCCCGGCGGAGAGCUCGUACGUGUGGAGACAGAUGGACUAAUAACAGAAUGUAUUCAAACCGUUUGUGGUGCAAACAACAGCAAAGUCUCAACAAACCACAACCAGCAAACUGCAUGAGAAGGAGCCACGACUGGUCGUUGUUAACAUGCACUCAAAAACACUUUGGACGGUGACACAUUUUAAUAUUUCAGCAUUUCAUCUGGGAAAAUGUGCGGCCUUUAUUUUUGGGGCAUGAUCCUCCCAUUCCAGGGCGCUAAAGACAACGUAAUGCUCCGAAUGUUCCACCAAUGUAAAAAGAGAGAAUACUGCAACUAACACAAUGGUGCCAGAUAUUUUUGGUUUUUUUCUAUCUCUCCAGGUGUGCUCCCAAACAAUCCCACUGUUAUUUAAAACUCCCCCAAUGAGAAAUCAGCUCUGGCUGCUUUAAACACUCAUCCCCUUGUUUACUUGCAGUCAUCUGGGUAAGUUAUUUUAGCGAGCAGAGUGAUUGAAAGCGUCUCACAGGAAACCAACAGGAUGUGUCUGGGUUGCAGACUCUGAAUGGGAGGUCAUGUACAAAAACAAAGACGAUGCUUUCACUUUAAAAGCUAUCCGAUGUUAAAAAGACGUGUCUCCCUGUCCAUCACUCGUGGGCUUUGCUAUGUCUCAUCCUGCAGUUAGUGUGCCACAUCUAACCGCAUCUGGGACAGCUCCAGUGGUUCCGGUCUGUCACAGUGCUUUGAUAACCCUUAUUUAACUCAGGUCUGUUGAGAAGAUGGAAGAGAAGGAUAUGAACUGAAGAGUAAUAACAGAUUCAUAGCCAUUCCUGGUGACUAAAUAGAAUCUGAUCCACAGUAAUAACCCUGAUAUUUAACUGUGCCACAUUACUGCUAACUAGGGCUGCCACGAUUAGUCGACUAAUUGAUGACUAAUCUACUAUUAAAAUAAUCGGUGACUGUUUUAGUCGUCGACUAAUCGGUUUGAGUCAUUUUUCAUAGAAAAGCACUAUAAAUGUACCCCAAAAUACUCUUACUGCAGCUUCUUACGUUCAGAUAUUGGCAGCUUUACACACUCUCCCGUAACAGUGAACUAAAACCCUUUGGCAUGAGUAUGAAACAAGACAUUAGAUGACAGAAUUUUGGGGUUUGGGCGAGACAGACCGACAUUUUUCAUCAUUUUAACACAUUUUUCGAUGAAAUGAUUAAUCAAAGAAAUAAUCUACAGAUUAGUCGACAAUGAAAAUAAUCGUUAGUGGCAGCCCUAGUGCUAACUACAAAAUACAGUGUCAGUUGAAUAGUUGGAAGUGAGGAAGAAGUUUUUGCCUUUUGAAAUGCCUUUCCCCCACAUGUUGCUUCAACAGUGCUUUGCUUGCUUUUCAUUUAACAGUCCACAUCUGUGUCUCUCAUUUCAAAUCUCAAAGUUAUCUCGCUAAAAGUUCUGCACUGACUGGACCAAGGAUGCUUCAAAAUGAUCAGUAUGUGACACCGUAACCAUUUGAACGUGAUCUACACUCAGUUGCCAGUUCAUUAGGUACACCUAGCUUAAAUAAAUCUAGUCUUCUUUCAGGAAGACUGCUUUAAGGAGAUGAUUUAAUUUUGUGCUCAUUUUGGAGGCUGUAGUUUGUGGUGUUGAGUUGUACUGCAUCAUAUAGGGAAGUGUUUCUAAUAUUUAGUCCAUGUUUAUAUCAACGUGCAUAGGUGGAACACUUGUUAUAACCCAAUGCAACAUAAACUGCAGACGAAGAUUUUGGUGUCUGAGGUUUUCUGGUCUCUGUUUAUAGUCUGAGUACCAGUACCGACCCGUCCCGUUUGAAUGGCAGGUAAACAGUGUGUGAAAAGGCAGACUGCACUGGCUGAUAUGCAAUCUCAGAACCAACUGGAUAUGUCUGACAAGUUAGCUUUAUAUUAGCUUUUUAAAAAUGUGUCUGCCUUCACAUGUAGAUAUCUGUUUAUUGAGACUGAUCAAAUCGGCUGGCGCACAGAAGAGGGAGUCUUGGCCUGGACAUCUUUUUCUUUUGGAUAGGGAUGUUCCAGUACAGAGUUUGGGACUGAUAGUGACGACUGAUGAGAGUUUAUAUCCAUUGCUAAAUUUCAACUCUUGUCUCUAGCUGGGCUUUUACAUGUAGACCUAAAAUGUUAUUAAAAACAUACGGUGUAAAGCAGCCCGAAACAUUGCACCGCCCCUUUGUAUUAAACUACAUCUUCCAGUGACUGUAUAUAAAAAUGAAUAAUGCAUCUCCACCUCCUCCCACUGUGCAAAAAUGAAGCCAAAACAUCCCGGUUAAGGGAGCUGCCAUCUUAACAUCAUUUGGAGCCAGUGUCUGUGAUCUCAGUGAUAUCAAGUUCCCACACAUACAUCCAUUCAACCAAUCCUGAGCAGCACUAUUGAGCGUGAGCACACCAGUUUGCACAGACAGCUGUCAAUCAUGACGUCAAACCUCAUUUUUAUGGCAUCAAACAUCAAGUUUAAGCAAAUUUAAAACCAAACUUAAAAGAAAAACUUGAUAAAACAUCAGUGCGAUGAGAACUACCUACAGUGAGAGAAUCCAUCUUUAGAAAAAUAUUGGACGUGUACUUUGAUUUUUCAGUUUGGCCCAUGUGCAUCCACUAACGCAGAGGGAGUGGGGUUUGAGACCUGUACUGCAGCCAGCCACCAGGGGGCGAUCUAGAUGUUUGGCUUCACUUUUGGGAGCUGUCAUGUUGUCCAUCUUUACAUACAGUCUAUGAUUAUUUCUAGCUAGGUGUGCCUAAUAAACUGGCAACUGAGUAAUGCAAAAAUAUUGAAUUUUCAUUUUUAAAUUUGUUAACUUUAUGUAAAUUAAACUACAGGCCCAUAUUCAUGCUCUAUAUGUUACUGAUUGAUGACUAAUGAAGUUAGCAUCAUGCUAAUGUUGUUGGACUGUAGUUGCCUGAAGUAACUCAACAGUUUGAAAGGUGAUCAGCUAAAAAUUAAUUAGCCUGUGUUAUAAUGUGCUUAAAGUCCCGUCUCUUGCAAUUUGUUAGUGUUCAUCCUUAUACAGGGGCUACAAAAUAAAAUGGGGAAAACAGUUGCGAGUACUUUCUCAUUAAGUCUGUACACAUUAGCCUUGAAUUAAUUUAGCAUCACGUGGCCACAUCCUGUCUUAACGGAUUUACAUGGAUCUUUUAGUUUAGACAAAAUAAUAAUUACCAGCAAAAAAAUCAACUGCUUGAAUUCACUUCCCAAAUCUCAAAACAUUCAGCAUUUCUCUUGACACACAUGCAUUUGGACUGUUGAAUGAAGCCUGAGCAUGUUUUUUGUUCUUUUGUUUCCCCCUCAGUGUUCACAAUGUUGUUUUAAUGCUGUCCACACCUCCUGCACAUCACUCGACCCACGACAUGAUGAAUAAACUGUUGUCUCUGGA